CAGAUAUCGAGUCUACUUCCCUGACGGCUACGCGUCAAUUAUCAUUUUGAUUGUACACUUAAACUCGUGAUAAAUCUUACCGAUCGAUUCAUCAUGGGUCUCGCGAUGGGAGGAGUCAAUAUCAUCGACAUCCGUCGCAAUAACCUCAACAAUUCGUUGGCUAAAGAAGUCACUCGCGGGCUCGAUCCAAAGAACGGUACCCAGCGGUCUUUGCCAACUUUGCUUCUGUACAAUACCGAGGGACUUCGUUUGUUUGAAGAAAUUACAUACUUGGACGAAUAUUACUUAACAAAUGCCGAGAUCGAAGUCCUGACCACACAUGCUGUCAGCAUCGUGGAGCGGGUUCCCGAAAAUUCACAACUGGUGGAGUUAGGCAGCGGGAAUCUGCGAAAAGUCGAGAUACUACUAAAUGAGUUUGAACGGACAAAGAAACUAGUGGAAUAUUUAGCAUUGGAUGUUUCGUUGGAAGAAUUGGAUCGCACUUUUGCAGAACUCCCGUCAAAAAGUUACAAAUAUGUCAAAUGCGGCGGGCUCCUAGGUACAUAUGACGAUGCGCUAUCCUGGCUCAAACGUUCUGAGAACAGGCGCAAGCCGACGUGGGUAAUGUCGAUGGGCUCUUCCAUCGGCAAUUUUACCCGGUCCGAGGCGGCGCAGUUUCUGGGUGGCUUUGCGAGAACGUUAGGAGCGGACGACGCUUUACUGAUCGGGCUUGAUUCCUGUAAGGAUCCCCAGAAGGUCUUUCGCGCUUACAAUGAUAGUAAGAAUGUAACACGGGAAUUCUACCUUAACGGGUUGGCAAACGCAAAUUCUAUCCUCGGGUUUGAGGCAUUCAAACGCGAGGACUGGGAUGUUGUUGGAAUAUACGAUGAAGUGGAUGGUUGUCAUAAAGCGUAUUACACUCCUACGAGAGAUGUCACUAUUGAGGCGUGGUCUUUUACGAAAGGAGAACGAAUCUUCUUCGAGCAAGCCUUUAAGUAUGCGGAAAAGGAAUACCAAACUCUGUGGCAGCAGGCGGGCCUUACGUCGACAGCCCGGUUUACAAGCAGCACAGGCGAUCACAAUAUUCAUCUCCUCUCAUCAUCGCCGUACAUUCUUCCCACUCAGCCAGCGGAGUAUGCUGCGACCCUGACGCCGUCUCUGAAGGAGUUUGAAGCGCUUUGGAAGCUAUGGGAUACAGUCACUACUGGCAUGCUUCCUCGAAAUGAAUUGCUAUCUAAGCCGAUAAACCUGCGGAAUGCAUUGAUAUUUUACCUAGGGCAUAUUCCGACAUUUUUAGAUAUGCACAUUACUAGAGCCACUGAUGGCCAGCCCACAGAACCCAAAUCGUACUGGUCUAUCUUUGAGCGUGGCAUCGAUCCAGAUGUGGAUGAUCCGCGGAAGUGCCAUGAUCAUAGUGAAAUUCCCGAUGCAUGGCCUCCUGUUGAAGAGAUUCUCCAAUUCCAGACAACCGUCAGAAACAGAGCCCGUUCAUUACUGCAAAAAUCUCAAAAUACGACCAACAGACGGAUCCACGAAGCUUUAUGGAUUGGAUUUGAGCACGAAGCAAUGCACCUGGAAACAUUCUUGUAUAUGUUGCUACAAAGCGACAAGGUUUGCCCUCCUCCAGAGAUUCCUACGCCAGAUUUUGAAUACCUAGCAAUGAGAUCUGCCCAGGAGAGCGUCCCUAAUGAAUGGUUCAUUGUGCCCGAACAAACGAUAUGGAUCGGGUUGGAUGACCCGGAUCCGACGCGGAUUCCAUUUCGGUCCUUUGGCUGGGAUAAUGAGAAGCCGCAGCGUACCGCCAAGGUGUCCUCAUUUGAAGCCAAAGGUAGGCCGAUUACCAAUGGCGAGUAUUGCAGAUAUCUGGAAGCGAAUAAACUAGCUACCGUUCCCGCUUCCUGGACAAAUUCGUCCAGUGGAUUAUCCGAACCUAACGGCCAUGCUGCAUCCCAUACCAAUGGAACCAAUGGUCGCGAGACAAGUGAGGCCAGUGCCUUCUCACAUCUCCUCAGCAAGUAUCAUGUGCGGACAGUUUUUGGGCCUGUGCCACUGCGCUUUGCACUCGACUGGCCUGUUAUUGCGUCGUAUAACGAACUUGAACGCUAUGCAAAUUGGGUGAACUGCAGAAUCCCUACUUUUGAGGAAGCUAGAAGUAUUUAUCAGUACUCGGUGUUCCUGAAAGAUCAGGAGAUUGGAGUGCAAUCUUCUCUCAUAGACGCGUCCAGCAAUGAUAUGGAAGGGCCGCCCAGAGACCUCAAUGGCUUUGUGGAGCAUCGAAAUGGCAGACCUCGAGCACCGGAUCACCAGCCGGUUUCACAACCUCCCUCAACCCAGAUGCCAGUGAACGUUGAUCUCGACGGUUAUAACGUCGGGUUCAAACACUGGCAUCCCACCCCAGUCACACAGAACGGAAACAAGCUUUCCGGACAAGGUGGCAUGGGUGGCGCUUGGGAAUGGACAAGCUCAACAUUAGAGGCCCAUGAGGGCUUCAAAGCCAUGGAUUUAUAUCCUGCAUACACGGCUGAUUUUUUCGACGGGAAACAUAACAUUGUCCUUGGAGGUUCAUGGGCUACCCAUCCUCGUAUUGCUGGACGCACUACAUUUGUCAAUUGGUAUCAACGAAACUAUCCCUACGUAUGGGCGGGCGCACGUCUCGUGCGCGAUAUCUGAGCAUUCAAAAAUUGUUACCAUUUUCCCAGCUUUUUGGUCUUCAAUAUGUAAUUGAAAAUAUUUCGGGUUUGAAUUUGAGGAAAGGACAAUAUUAAUGCCUAAUUUUCGGUUCCUUUCGAUGAUACUGUAUCCGUGUCGCGUUUAAACACUAGAUGCCCCUAGAGAAACCAGAUUAGUGCAUAAUUGGGGGC